AUGCUGCAUUAUUGUGGAAAUCUGGCCAAGCUUUUUUUCCUUGAAGCAUUAAUUACAUAUUUGAUUUCCCCCCCAAAAACAGGUUUUUAUCUUCUACAUCUAGUUCUUGGAACCACUGUGAUUCCUUCGUGUAUCCCGGGAGAAUCUGAAGACAACUGCACAGCUUUAGUUAAGACAGAAAACAAUCCACGUGUGGCUCAAGUGUCAAUAACACAGUGUAGCUCUGACGCGAACGGCUACUGUUUGCAUGGACAGUGCAUCUUCCUGGUGGAAAUGAAUGAAGAAUCCUGCAGGUGUGAUGUGGGCUAUGCUGGUGCCCGAUGUGAGCACUUCUUUUUAACGGUCCAACAGCCCUUGAGCAAAGAAUACGUGGCUCUGACUGUGAUCCUCAUUCUCUUCGUUCUUCUCGUCAUCGCUGGCUCCAUGUACUACUUCUGGAGAUGGUACAGGCACAGAGAAAGUAAAAAGUCAAGGAAGGAGUAUGAAAGGGUGACCUCAGGAGACGCGGCUUUGCCACAAGUCUGAGUGGCGCCACCAAGCUCAAGGGCCGGGAUGCACAGCAAGCCUGUUGAUGUUAAUAUUCCUAUUUUAUUAAUAAUAUUUAUGUUGGGUCAUGUGUUAAGUCAACAAUGGUACAUUUUUAAUAUAUUUGGAAACUUU